AUGCCUAAGUUCCCAGAUCAAAAGUAUACUAUUGAAGAUAUAGAGCGUGUUUUGAUUGGGCACCCUUCUCGUGCUGAGAAGCCAAUAGCGCUACAAGCUGCGCAUGGACGCCGUGCGGCCCGCCAAAAUGCCAAAGACCAAGAGAUUGGUUCACUUUCUCCCCUAGAAACUGAUGAAGACGCCGUUAUGAUAGACAUGAGUGGUGAAUCUGGAGUUCAAAUGGUUUCCGAGGCCGUUGCACAUCAAAGAGAACACGAACCGCAUCAAGCAACACAAGAAGAAGAUUUGAUGGAACUAGAUAGUAUCCCACCAGCAGUUGAAGUAAGCUCCUCUACCACAGCAUUUGUAGUUGAUACAAAUUUUAUCAUAUCCCAUCUUGACAUCCUAGAGUCACUACGUUCGUCAAGCUUCCAGUUUAACCACCAAAUAAUAAUACCACGCACUGUGAUACACGAAUUGGAUGGUCUCAAAAACCCAAAUCAUAGCAGCGUCCAGGGCACAAGUAAAGAAGCAAUUAGUGUUUUAGCUCGUAAAGCUAACAACUGGAUAUAUUCCAACCUCGCAAAUGUUGCGCAUGGCGUUGUAGGACAACGCUUAAAUCAGAGACUUGAUUAUGAGAGCCGAAAAGACGAUUCGAUAUUAGACUGCUGCCUUUUUUUUAAAGAGCGUUUGCGCCGAUUUGUCAUUCUUCUGUCUAAUGACAAGAACCUUUGUUUGAAAGCCCUCACAGAGGGAAUUCUAACAGUUUCAUUCCGUAAAGGAAUGUCUGCUGAUUCAAUUGCUCAAAAAGCCUACGCAGAAAGAGGCGUGCCAUUGAAUUCAGGUGAACACGCAGUUUAUCAUGACAGGGCGGCAUCAACUUCAUCAAGCCAUGCGAGCACUGAAAUCCAACCUUCCAGUUUUGAAAAAGUUGCACUGACGAUAAAAAACGAAAUAGAGUCCCUUGUGCUUUCAGCUGUUGAUUUCGUAAUGCGAGCCGAAUAUGGGGACGAUCUGUACUUGACAGACUACAACGAUAAAAAGCUAACGGACCUGAAAUCAUGUUCUCAUUACAUAUUCAAGUUUUGGCUAUCUGUAUUUGCUGAAUACUUUAGUACUGGUGAUAUCCGCAGACAAGAUUGGAAGAGCGUCCCAUCUUACCUAAUCAGUACCCCUUCCACGGCGUCUGAACUUGAGAAGUUUGUACAAUAUUGGAUAUUCGCGCUCUGCUGUUUAUACAAAAAACGAGAUGAUCAACAAAAAAAUGCUUUGAAGAUCUUAUCUCGGCGAUGGUCAAAGGGAGUUAGCUCGGGGGUUCUAUAA